CCUAGCUGCAACAGAUCGCACCGCGACGCAGGCGCCAACUCACAUUGCCAAAAUGGCCGGGUCACAAUUGAAGAGGCUCAAGGCCUCUCUUCGCGAGCAAGGAAUCAUCGGCCCCCAGCAGUCAAAGAAACAAAGGCGCAAGAAUGCCGAGGAGCAAAAGGCGAGGCCCGACAAGCGCCUUCAGCGUGUAGAGGCCUUGGCCAGCAUCCGCGAGCAGUUCAACCCCUUCCAAUUCAAGACCAACGCCCGGGGACCCAAGUUCGAAGUUACCACCAACAAGCCCGCCAAUGACAAGGCUGCGAUGGGUAUAAAGGGGCGGCCUGGGCUGUCCAAAGCCAUGGGCGAAGAGAGGCGGCGCCAAACCCUUCUUGUCGAAAUGCAACGGCGCAACAAAGUUGGAGGGCUCAUUGACAGGCGCUUCGGCGAGAACAACCCCAACUUGUCACUCGAGGAAAAGAUGAUCGAGAGAUUCACCCGCGAGCAGCAGCGAAAGCACAAGAAGAUCUCAGCGUUUGACCUCGAGGAUGACGACGAGCCGAUGGGGGGGUUAACCCAUAUGGGCAAGCCCCUCUUUGACGACGACGGCGACGACGGCGACGACGCGGUGCCUGUGAAAGAUGACUUUGAUGAGGAGGAUCUACCGUCGGGGGAUGAAUCCGACACUUCUCGAGCCGAAAGGAGGAUGCUAAAACGCCAGCGUCUAUUGGAAGCCGUGGAGGAGCUAGACGAAGACAACGAGCAGCCCGAGAGGAAGAAGACCAAGAAGGAAAUCUAUGAGGAGGUGAUAGCGAAGUCAAAGCUGUACAGAUACGAACGGCAGGCGGCAAAAGAAGAGGACAACGAGCUCAGAGUCCAGCUUGACAAGCAGAUGCCUGAAAUUCAAGCUCUUCUGCUCCAGAGACCGAAACCACCAUCAAAGGAAGAACCCCCAAAGAUUAUUGCCGGCAAGGAAAAAUCCGCGCUUGAAAAAGAUUACGAUAUUCGUGUGAAACAGCUCGCUGCCGAUAAGCGGGCACAGCCCGCCGAGAGGACGAAGACGGAAGAGGAGUUGGCAGAAGAAGAAGCGAAGCGGUUAAAGGAACUAGAGGAGAAACGACUGAAGCGUAUGCGGGGUGAGGCGGUUGAAGAAGACGAGGAGGAUGAGGAGGAGAAGGACAAGAGAGAAAAGGAAGACGUCGAGAAAGCCUACGACCCCUUCAAUACCGAAGAGCAUGAUGAAUUCGGCCUGGGCAAGGGAGUCAAGUACCGGCCAACUGCUACAGAACUGGGGCUCGAUGACGAAGACGACUUUCUGAUUGACGAGGAUCUUGUUGCCAGCGGCUCCGAUCUGGACAUCGAGAGCGAAAUCGAAGAUGAAAGCGAGGACGAGAAUUCUGGGUCAGAAUCCGACUCGGACGACGACGAGUUUGUUAAGGGGGUUCUCUCAGAAGCCGUCACAAAAGAUCCAGUCUUCCAAACACCCAGCAACACCAAAGGAGACGACGAGAACGGCAUCCCUUAUACAUUUCCAUGCCCGCAGAGUCACGAUGAGAUGCUCAAGAUAUUCGAGGGGAUUGAUGUGACGAAACUUCCGGUAGCUGUUCAGCGAAUUCGGGCGCUCUAUCAUCCCAAGCUCGACAGCAAGAACAAGGAGAGGCUGGGCAUAUUUUCGCAGCUUCUCGUGCACCACGUCGCGUACCUUGGCGAUAGGUUCGAGCCGCACUGGUUUCCCACCUUGGAGAGCUUGAGUCGUCACAUCCACUCGAUGGCCAAGUCGUUCCCGAUUGAGGUGGCUAAGGCAUACCGAGCACACAUCCAGGAGAUUGAACAGGGCCGGCCCCUGGCUCUCACCGUCGGAGAUCUUGUCCUAUUCACCGCAAUCGGGACAACAUUUCCCACAUCCGACCAUUUCCAUCAGGUUGUUACCCCUGCAAUGCUUGCCAUCGGUCGCUACCUGGGACAGAAGAUCCCACAAGCGCUUUCGGAUUACGCGACGGGGACCUAUCUCUCGAUUCUCGCUCUUCAAUACCAACAGUUCUCAACGCGCUACGUGCCGGAGCUGAUGAACUUCUGCCUCAACACGCUCUGCGCUCUGGCGCAUGAGAAACCCCAAGGGAAGCUAGGGUUCUUCCCGGUUCACGAACCCGCCGCAGGAAUUCGGAUCCGAGACGCCGGCAAUACUACCAUCCGGCAACUCAACUGCGGCGACUGCCAGCAAAAGCGGUCACUCUCUGCGGCUGAAGAGUCUUCGCUCAAAGUGGCCAUCAUCAACACCGUCGCGGCAAUUCUCAAAGCCGCCGCAGAAACCUGGCACAAGCUCCCAGCCUUUUACGAGACCUUCCACCCCGCCUCCCUCGUUCUCCAGCACCUUACCGGCAAAGCAAACAGCGUCCACUUGCCGGAGGCGCUAACAAGCAAGCUGACGGAUGUAAAUUCAGCUAUAACCCGUCUCCUCCAGCUUGCCCGCCUGUCCCGCAGGCCGCUCGAGCUGCACCAUCACCGCCCUCUCGCGAUCCGCACAUACAUUCCCAAGUUUGAAGACUCGUUUGAUCCUGACAAGCACUACGACCCGGACAGGGAGCGGGCCGAGCUGGCGAAGCUCAAGGCCGAGCACAAGCGCGAGCGCAAGGGCGCGCUGCGCGAGCUGCGCAAGGACGCGGCGUUCAUGCGGCGCGAGAAUCUGCGGAUCAAGAAGGAGCGCGACGCGGCGUACGAGAAGAAGUACAGGCGGCUCGUGGCCGAGAUUCAAGGCGAAGAAGGCCGGGCGGCAAACGAGUAUGCGCGGGAGAAGGAGGCAAGGAAGAGGAAGGCGAGAGGGAGGUGAUUUGCCGGUUUUGGCGCUGUUUCGUUGCUGGUUUGGGGUUCGUGUGUGGCCGUUUGUAUGCUACGGGAGUUUUGGUCGAAAAUCAAGAAGCUCAUCAGCGUCUCAAAACCCCAACAGUAGCUAUUCCAGAAUUUUGUGUCUG